AUGAAGCUCUCGCCAGCCACCAAAUCGUUCCUCGGCAAGACCAUCGAUGUCUCCACAUUCGCCAUUCAGUGGGGAUUCGUGCCGUUCGUUGUCUACCUCGGAUUCAAGAAGGGUGCCGAGCCAAUGCCAAAUGGACAGAGGAAAAGAAAUAAAAUUAAACCGCUUUUGCCAUCGAUGUGGUUGAGCAACGCGAACAAAUCAUCGAAAAUGACUGAGAUUUGCGCCAACGUGGCUCACCACAUCGAAUUGGAGCGUUGA